AUAUAUUUGGCCAAGGAAGACUAAUAUCAUGGCGGAAAGCCAAGGACGAUGAUACAAGUGGCUGAAGGGGAGGAAACUGCCUUCUCUUCGCUUCCUCUCUUCCCCUGCAUGCUCUGGUCGUUUCCCUUCUUCGAUCUACAGAUCUUACGUCCUCUCUCUCUCUCCUUUUGCUCUCAAGUGGUCACGACGUGAAGAAGCUCACUCACGAGCAAUCGGAAAUGCCCUCCCAGAAGCAAGCCACCCUGUCUUCUUCCUCGCCCUCUGCCGGCUCUGAAAACUCUUCGCCGGUUGCAUCCGCCGCCGCCGACCCUCCCGACGAGAAUCCCAACUCAGCCGCUGGUGACGAGGCCAAUUCGCCUUCCCAUUCGACUCCUCCCCAAGAACAAGACGAUUCGGACGGUGAAGGUGGCAGCAGCAGCACUUCCUCGCAGAGCUCCGACGAGCAGGAUGAGUACGUCCUUGUUAAAUUAAUGGAUAUACGAAAAGAAGUACAAUGUCCUAUAUGUUUAGGAAUUAUCCGGAAGACAAGAACAGUAAUGGAGUGCCUGCAUCGCUUUUGCAGAGAAUGUAUUGACAAAUCUAUGCGACUUGGAAAUAAUGAGUGUCCAGCUUGUCGCACUCACUGUGCAAGUAGGCGUUCUUUGAGAGAUGAUCCGAACUUCGAUGCUUUGAUUGCAGCUUUAUACCCAGAUAUUGACAAGUAUGAGGAAGAGGAACAGGUGGUGGAUCCUCCUCACCCCCUGUAUUUCGCCAUCCGCCAUUCGAGCUUGCUGUUCUCAGCAGGGACAGCCGCUGGAUUUUUGCUCUCUCAAAAUGUCGUUGAUCACCCAUGUUAUUAUGCCCUAGCUAUUCUACAACACCUCCCCACUAAAUCAACUUCCCAAACAUCUUCUAGGAGCCUCAGAAUGAUAUCAGAACUAGCUUUUCAUGAGGAAGAGAAAACCCGCUACAAGAAGAUACAAGCAUCCAUAGCUGAGACAUUUCGGCGACAAGCAGAAGCACUCGGGAAGCGGAGACCAAUGCCUAAAUCCUCUACCGAAGCAUUCAGAAGAUCUGACUGUAGUUAUCGAGCCGGACAACGGCAAAAUGGUUAUUUUCGUGGCAGAGGUAAAACUGCUGCUCGGAAUGCUUCCCCAAUGGUGUCUGAUGAUGACGAAGAAGAAGAAUAUGCUAAUGGUAAUGAUGCUGGCAAAGAUUCAUCCUCUGCAGAAGAGGCUUCUCCUGAUAGAAGGCCCAAGAGAUGCAGGCUGAUGGCAGCUCCCAGGUCUUCGCCAGCCAGAUUAGUCGGUAAUGCCGAUCUUGGAUAUGGAGAAAAUUGUGACUUCGACAUGAACCGAGAAACCUUUCGCACUUCCCCAUUACGAGCUGGAAACAGAGAACUCUCAUGGGGUAAAGGUGGCGCUCGAAGCCAAACUCGACACGGUAACAGCAGUGGUUUGAAUGGAAGGUUUGUGAAGGCUGCUCGGUUAGCCAAGUUGAUGGAAUACUUGCGUAAUUUGGAUGAAAAUGAAAACGAGUAUGAUAUACAUCUGAAGCUGCUACCUUUGAAUGAACAAAGCUUGAAAUUGGACAGUCCAUAUAUUUGCUGCCCACCAACCAUAUCUAUUAAACAUAUAUGCGAAUUUAUUGCUAUUCAAACAUCAGUACAAGUUGAAGGGGUUACAGUAUUUGUCAAAAAGCAUCAAACCGUACAAGAUGAGAAGGUCCAACCAGAUUCCGAGGAACUACAGGUAUUGGAUAAUGAAGCAUCACUUGUUGGAUUGCUAUCCUCUCUCGUCUCCGCUCGAGCUGAUCUGGAAUUAGUGUACAAAGCUGAUGGCAAAAGAGAAACAUAGAUGAAGAUAAUUAUUACCUGCUCGGCAUCCAUUGAUUUCUGGCGAGCCUGUUGAUCUAUAUUGUUGGGUGUGUAUCCAAAAGUUAGGGCUGAGAGAAUAGUCGAUCGAAGUUCAAAUGAAAUCAACAAAUUCUUGUAAAUCACUUCGGUGCUCUCUCUACUUGAUCAAUGGAAGAAUGUCCUAACCUGCUUGUUUGGGGCAAAUUUUCUUUUCCUUUUUUUUUUUUUUGUUAAAUUUUGUUGUGGCUCUGAAAAAUAGUGUUAUUUAGAUGAAAAAUUGGAUAAAUUUUCUUAUGCUUCCUUCUUUUGGGGAGAUUUGGAGAUUUACAUCCAUACCACUCAAAUCUUAUGUAUUUAUAUGUCUAACAUAUCUUUGUGGGCUUCAGGAUAUGAAUGCAUUGAAAUGGGUGGUAUGAUUAUGAUUAUAUUAUUUUACUAUUUCGUUAU